UUCAAAAGUAUUUAAUUAUAUUUCGGCAUUAAUAAGUAUUAAAGCGGAUUAAAAUUUUUUGUUUAAAAUAUACACUUUUAUUUUGAGAUUUUCCUCAAUAUAGGAACACAAUAUGUUUUCAAUGUCAAGGGUAUUGCGCCACAGCAUAAAAUGUAUUCUAGGAAUGUAUUAUUUACCAAAAGCAAAUCGUGUUGAUUUUUCCCACUUACAACGUAAAGCACAGCGUUGUAAUAUUUUUAAAAAUCAAGCAACAUUUCAAAGCUCAAAACUGCUCACCCGUUAUAGAAGCAUGGGGACAUUAAUCGUAAUACGACUGGAUAGUACCAAAUUCUACAUUGAAAUUGACGGAAAAGUUGCUGCGUUAAAAUACAACAUUGUCGAUGGAGUUAUGGAAAUAACAAGCACAAGAGUUCCUAAAAAAUUGGCCGGACAUGGUCUGGGAAAGUUAUUGGCUAAGGAAGCAUUGCAUUUUGCAGUACAGCAUGACCUGCUUCUUAAAAUAUCUUGUAAAUUCGUUCGAUAUUACAUUAACGAAUAUGAACCACGUUAUCUGAAAUAUGUCUUGUAUUAACUGUGUAAUUGAUUAAUAAACCCAAUGACUAUCCCAACAUGCUUAUCAGAAAGGUGAACCCACAGAGACAGCACAACAUAAGAGAAAACUACUAUCGAGAAAUCUCUCAUUUUUAUAAUGGAACGUAGUAACGCAGUAAAUGGGUCAUUGUGUUUAUAUCACAGGAAAUCAGCGGAAUUACUCCAGACGAUGCCCUAUAUACCUUAUUACACAUAUUUUCCAUCGAGCUGAUGGGAAAACGAAUGUCAUUUAAGAAUGAAAUGAGGCCUGUAUGUGGCCUGGAACUUGCUCACGCACACGACAGUGGCAAGAUAGCAAUACAGAACUGCCCAGAAUAGGCUGAAGCAAAAAGAUUACUAACCUAAAAACACAAUUAUAAGUUUUUCGAAGGUAUCGAUACACAGGAUACACAGCCAUUACCACAGAGUUUGCGAUUCGGGAAAGCCAAAGGUACAUUCGUAAUUUGGAAAAAUGGGCCAAGAGGUGGUCCUUCUCCAUUAAUUCAUGCAAGACUGGCCAUGUGAUAACUAAGGCAGGAAGAUGGAGAAACGACGCCAUUAAUUGAAAUGCAACUCCUCCCAAACAUAACUGAGUGUCAUACUAGAUCACAAGGUCACCCUCAAACCGCACAUAACGCGAUUAUGGAUUAGAAUAAAACCAAGAGCAAUUAAGCUGGAGUGACUUAUUGGAUCUCGUAGUCAACCAUCAGAAGACUGCAAGGCGCUGAUCAUUCAACAGCUCAUCAUGCCCCUUUGGCAAUAUAGAAUUCUAGUCUGGAGAGCUCUCUUGUUGGGCACUCGGCUACUAAGAAUUCAAAAACUGCAAAAUAGAAUUAUUAGAAGAUCAGUAAAUGCAACGUGGAUAACAAAUAACUCAACCCUCAGAGAGACUUACCGCUUGAGUAGAGUUAAUGUUCCAUACAUCUAGUAGCCGUUUCGUAACCUCAUUGUCAAACCACAAAAACACAAUUCUAAUGAACCUGACGGCAAGUAUACAUUUAAUUAAUCACCCGAAAAUCACCAUUCCAGGUCGACAUAUUCCAUCCAAUCCCACUGUUACCAAUUGUGUCGAGCAGUGAGAUGUACAAAUCCUGAAUGCCUGCACGCAUCCAGGCUAGUCCAAUGACGCCGGAAACCAAAAACCAAAAA